AUGGAGAGACAAAAGAAAAGUGAAAUGCAUAUAAACGACGAUGACACAAAUGACACAAACAAACUCAGUGACCUGCCUGACCAUCUGCUUUUGCAUAUAAUUGAAUUUAUGAACACUAAACAAUCUGUUCAGACAUGCGUCUUGUCUAAACGAUGGAAGGACCUUUGGAAAAAUCGCACUAAUCUCAAGUUUCUUCACUCCUACCCAGACAAAAGUCCUACCUUCUGCAAAUUUGUGUCCCAGAUUCUGUCUUGUCGUGACACCUCUAUUCCACUUCAUAGCGUACAUUUUGAGCAUGUAGGUCACGUUAAUCCCCCUAAAACUACUCUCCUGGAGGUCAUGAAAUAUGCGGUGUCUCAUAAUGUGCAGCAACUCACGGUCAAUGCUGAAGUAAAGUACCUAAGGGAUCUUGAGUUAUCCCCCUACAUUUUUUCUUGUCAAUCUUUGACAUUUCUUAAGCUCGGCUUUUGGCAACGAUAUGACUCUAAUGGAACAAUGUUUCCAAAAUCUUUGAAUUUGCCGUCAUUGAAAAUCUUGCAUCUUCUGGAUUUCACUUUCACUACGAGUGACAAUGGCUGUGCUGAGCCCUUUUCAAAAUGUAAAAUGUUGAAUACUUUGGUCAUUAUAAGUUGUCAUUUACAAGAUGAUGCACAAGCCCUCUGCAUAUCCAAUUCUGAAGUUUCUAGUUUGACUAUUGGUAGUAACAACCUGUAUGUUAAAGAAGACCGCAAUUACAAAGUUGUGUUUUCUACUCCAAAACUUACUUCUCUCACUAUCAAUGGUCCUCCUAGUUUCGAAGCACCCUCUGCAAGCAAUCUACCUUUUCUAGAAGAAGUAUAUAUUGAUUACAUCACUUAUUAUUAUAAACCGUAUGAAGGCCGUGUCAUGAUUAGUUGGUUACAAUUGCUUGCUAAUGUUAAGAUAAUGAAACUCUCUUCCGAUGCCCUUGAUCUGAUACUAUUGGCUCUCAAAAUGACUGGUUCAGUUGCAAUUCAACCUCCAAGCUUUGUUAAAUUGAAGUCAUUGAAAGUGCAAUUCAGUUCAGAAUCAGCAAAAAUUAUUCUCGUCGAGUAUAUGCAAGGUGCACAAAAACUCGCGGUUGCAACUGAAAAUAAAUACAAAAGGCACCGGUAA